AUGCCUAGUGGUGGAGACCCUCUAGAGGUUGGACGUGUGAUCGGGGACGUUUUGGACCCCUUCACAAGGUCCAUAAGCCUUAGAGUGAUCUACGGUGGCAGAGUAGUGAUUAGUGGCAGUGAACUCAGAGCCUCCCAGGUUGAGAGUCAGCCUAGGGUUGAGAUAGGAGGUGACGAUUUUCGUACCUUCUAUACUUUGGUGAUGGUGGACCCUGAUGCUCCAAGUCCGAGUGAUCCAAACCUUAGGGAAUAUCUCUACUGGUUGGUCACAGACAUUCCAGCCACCACAGGUCCAUUAUUUGGCCGGGAAAUUGUGUGCUAUGAGAGUCCACGGCCAUCUGUGGGAAUCCACCGCUUAAUUUUUGUACUUUUCCGGCAGCUUGGGCGGCAGAUAGUCUAUGCACCAGGGUGGCGCCAGAAUUUCAGCACCAGGGACUUUGCUGAGCUGUACAAUCUAGGCUUGCCUGUUGCAGCAGUUUACUUCAAUUGCCAGAGGCAGAGUGGCAGUGGCGGCAGAAGGACAUAA